UUAACAAUCGGAAUUAGACGUAAACGUCAAUGGGAUGGCAGAAACCUCAGAAAAGCUCUAUUUCGAAAAAUUUCAAUUAUUUAUUCGGUAACAGUGUAAUUAUGUGAAAUGUCUACGCCAAAGGUAGUAGGAAAGAUUAAAGGACCCAUUGUGGAUCCAGCAUUAUGUCGAUGCUGUAGGUCUAUAAAGAAAUGUCGCUUGCUCACCGCCGACUAUGAAUGGAUGGGGCAAAAGGAAGUUUAUUCUGAGAUGUUUAUGGAUUGUUUUGGGCUUCUGCUCUCUCAUUUGGAUGGAGAGGGCAAAGACUCAUGUGUGUGUGCUACCUGUGUGGUGCGGCUGAGGGAUGCUUGUGCUUUCCGACAGCAAGUGUUGCAGUGUGAGGAAGCUUUUUUGAAUGCAAGAAUGCAAACUAAAGAAGAUGGUUCCAGCAAGAUAGAGGUUGUAGUAAAAACUGAACCCAACCUUGAAAUGGACUCCGAUACACAAAUGGAUGAUAGAGAAGACCUGCCCCUAGAAAUUAAUGAAAAAGAACAAACAAAGGCCAUUCAAAUCAAGGAACUACUGGAUAACAAUGUUGAGUGUAAGCCAAAAAGGCUUCGAAAAGACAAAGCUAAAGAGGCAAUGAAGCGAGAGCUGCUCGGCAAGAUGAAGAAAUUAAGGGACAAGCUUGACCACAUGCUCGAACAACCAGUUAAAAUAACACAGAAGAAGGAAAAAGUUGCAAAAAUAAAGAAGAAACCAGAACUGGAUCAUGACCACAUGGUGUAUUCAAAUGCAGUGACUAUUGUAGAAAACUCUUAUGUUUGCCCUUUCCACAAUCGAAUAAGUAUUUACUAUUGUUACUACUGUAAGGAUCAAUUUACGAACCCUAAUGAACUGCGGGAACACACCCUCACGCACAACCCUAAAGAAAUGUUCGAAAGCAUGAUGGAAAAUAAAAAGAUACCAAAAAUCGAUAUUACCAGAAUCGAUUGUCGUUUAUGUGAAGAGAAAAUCGAUGAUAUCGACACUUACAAGAACCACGUCUCCAGCGUACACGGUAAAUUGGUAUACCCAGUGUCAAAUGAGUUUCUUAAGUUCAGGCUCACAAUGGAUAAUUUGGUCUGCACGGAAUGUCCAAGUUCGUUUCCAUAUUUCGACUUAUUAAAGAAGCACAUGAUUGAACACUUUGGUACGUAUAUUUGCGACGUGUGCGGAGCGUGUUUCCUCGAACCAAACUCGUUGCGAACGCACAUAAAGUCUCACAGUAAAGUCGAAGCAAACUUCCCCUGUGAGAUAUGUGGAAAGAAUCUCAAGUCGAAGUACAGUAGGUAUCUACACGUUGCCACUGUGCACGAGAAGAAACCGACUGUGAAUUGUUAUAAAUGUGAGGCUAGUUUCCUCUCAUACGCGCUCAGAAACCGUCACUUGAUUGAAGUUCACGGAGACAAGAGAACGUUCCCAUGCAAGCUGUGCGAUAAGGUGUAUAAUAGAAGAAAGACAUUGAUGGAGCACAACAGGCGAAACCAUUUGAAAGUGUUUAGACAUCAAUGUGAUCUGUGCGACCAGAGGUUCUACUUGCCGUCGCGGCUGAAGGAGCACAUGGCAACUCACACUGGUGAGCGGAACUUCCGCUGCGAGUACUGUGACAAGAGCUACCCGCGGCUGCAGUCGCUGCAGGAGCACAUCCGCUCCCACAGCAGCGACAGGAGGUUCAAAUGUGACGUGUGUAAUUCUGCCUUCACGCAGAAUGGAAGUUUGAAGAAUCACAUGAAGAGUCAUCAUCAAGGAUAUGAUAUGGAAACGAAUUUUAGUUAAUAACAUUUGUUGACGAA